ACCAGGCACGCACACACACAUAGACGUACACACACACCGCAAAGCACACACGCGUGCACACGUGUACACAGCUCCCCUCACAGCCAGUCUACAAAAUAACAGAGAGAAAAAAACUAGGGUCCCUGCAGGAGAGGAGAAGAUUUGCAUGGCACCUCUCCCACUCUGGACGCACGGAGAGGUCCAGGUCUACAGACGUCACUGGUCCAGGAUCUUUGUUUUCUCUCCACCUCUCGGUGGAGAAGGAAUACAAGUUUAUCCUGCAGCCUGCAGGGACGGGACGCUCUCUCUGUGUGUCUCUGUGUGUCUCUGUCUGUCUCUGCUCCAUCUGUCGGACUUGCACUGGGCCAUUUCUCCUGUAUGGUGGACAUCCUGCUCAACACUUCUUUCUUGGAUGAUAUGGGGGAUCAUUCCAAAAAGAAGUCGGGAAUCGCAAUGUGUGUGGGCUGUGGAAGUCAGAUACACGACCAGUACAUCCUGAGAGUCUCCCCGGACCUGGAGUGGCACGCAGCCUGCCUGAAGUGCGCAGAGUGCAACCAGUAUCUGGACGAGACGUGUACUUGCUUCGUCCGGGACGGAAAGACUUACUGUAAAAGAGAUUAUGCGAGGUUAUUUGGCAUCAAAUGCGCAAAGUGCAAUAUGGGCUUCUGCAGCAGCGAUCUGGUCAUGAGAGCCAGGGACAACGUGUACCACAUGGAGUGUUUCCGCUGCUCGGUGUGCAGCCGACACCUCCUGCCGGGAGACGAGUUCUCCCUGCGGGAAGAGGAGCUGCUGUGUCGGGCGGACCACAGUCUGCUGGCGGAGCGGGGCUCUGCAGGGAGCCCGCUGAGCCCGGAGAACAUUCACAGCAGAACAUUGCACAUAUCAGACCCGGUUUCGGUUCGUCACCCUCCUCAUCACCGGAACCACGUCCACAAACAGUCAGAGAAGCCGACCAGGGUCCGGACGGUGCUGAAUGAAAAGCAGCUCCACACCCUGCGGACCUGCUACAACGCCAACCCGAGGCCGGACGCUCUGAUGAAGGAGCAGCUGGUGGAGAUGACCGGCCUGAGCCCCAGGGUGAUCCGGGUCUGGUUCCAGAACAAGCGCUGCAAGGACAAGAAGAAGUCCAUACUGAUGAAGCAGCUCCAGCAGCAGCAGCAUAGCGACAAAACAAAUCUACAGGGCAUGACAGGCACUCCUCUGGUGGCGGGCAGUCCGAUCCGCCACGACAACACGGUGCAGGGCAAUUCAGUGGAGGUGCAGGCCUACCAACCCCCGUGGAAGACCCUCAGUGACUUCGCCCUGCAGAGCGACCUGGAGCAGCCGGCCUUCCAACAACUGGUGUCCUUCUCUGAGUCCGGCUCUCUGGGCAACUCCUCCGGCAGCGAUGUGACCUCUCUAUCGUCUCAGCUACCGGACACACCGAACAGUAUGGUACCGAGCCCGGUGGACACGUGAGGUCGGGGGUCAAGAGGUCAGAGCCGGAACACGCCACUGGAUCAUCACUCCUUUUUUCCAUGAGAGCGCAAAGACAUGUGUCCGCGGCCGAGGACCUCAGUGACCUGACAACCCCGCGGGGGACAAAAUAAAACCGAGACAAAGAAUGAUGACGGAUGGAUUAUAUAUGUGGAUAUUUCCAGGUCAGGACUGGAGCAGUUCACUUUUCUGGCUCAACGAUACCUCGGCAGACCACAGCUGCUGUCCUUUAACAUGAUGCCAGAGGCUGAAGUGGACAUAAAGUGUGGAUUCCUGUCAGUUCUGGACCUCGUACUUACAGUAUGUUUAUCAGGAAAACUACAGACUGUGUACAUAUGCAUGACUCUUUUUUUUAAGUUUCCAUGUUGACUCCUGUAAAUUUAGGGAAACAGAAAAUGAGAUAAUUGCUGUUUUUCUCCAGAAAAUAAGUUAUUAAUAUUAUUUAUUAUGAAGACGGACGUAGUGGAUCUGGUCAGUAAAUAUAUAGUUGUUAUUUGCAUGUAAAAUCCCACUUGUUCCGUUCACUUUCAGAAGACUUUACAUUUCUAAGAGUCGGCCAAAUAAACCAGUGUUAAAGUGAAUGGAAACCUGCUGCUCAGAAAUGUCUGCCACUGUUUUAAGUGGAAGUUAAAGCUGGAAUUUUUUUUCUCCUGUUUACAAAACAAAUCAAACUUUUAUUAAGGGGUAAUUGAAUACAAAUAAAAUAAUAAAGACAAAUUAAAACAACCUGAUAUUGGGUGUUUUAAUAUAACAUGUAAUGUGUUAAAACCACAGUCACACAGUUGUGGGCAUGUAGAUAAUUAGACUAAGACUUUUUUUUAAUUUUCCUAAAAGUGUCAGGACAACUUCAAGUUAAUGCUGAAACAGUGAAAGUGUUGCCAAAUGUGUCAAAAAUUGCCCUAGCGUGGUCAAACAUGAUUAAAAGACAAUUUAAUGUCUUUCUUUAAAGAGCUGUUACCAAAACUGAGCCAUUUAAAAGCUAAAGAAGACAAUGAAAAGCUCACAAAAUUAGCCAUGUGUAUGUACAUAUAUAUACAUAUAUUAA